GCUAUUAAGAACAAACCAUUUUUUUUAUACGCGACUUGAGGUUUUUCUGUUCGAUUUCUUCGAUUAAUUGUUUGACUUAAAUUGCAAAAAAACCUACAAUUUUCUUAGAAACUUAAGCAACCAAAUGAAAAACUUUGCAGGAUUUAGGGAGAUUUUUGUCGUUUUUUUUACUAUACUUUCAACCUUCGACGAGAUUAAUGGAGAGACCAUUUCCCUGUGCCCGAUAGAAUUUUAUCACGAGCAGUUUUCCGAACGUAAAGUGGAGCAUGAUUCGGACGAAAUAGCCACCGGAUUAACCAUCCGUGAUAUUCUACCGGAAGAUCCGAGUAAAUAUGACAAAAUGCGGCCUCCGAAGCGCGAUGGAAAUCCGACCAAAGUGUUUUUUCAUGUCACUGUUAUGGGGCUGGAUAGUAUUGAUGAAAAUUCCAUGACCUACGCAGCCGAUAUUUUCUUCGCCCAAACCUGGAAGGACCAUCGCUUGCGACUACCGGAAAACAUGACCACUGAGUACCGACUAUUGGAAGUGGACUGGCUGAAAAACAUGUGGAGACCAGAUUCGUUCUUCAAAAACGCCAAAAGCGUAACAUUUCAGACGAUGACCAUUCCCAACCACUACAUGUGGCUGUACAAGGACAAAACCAUCCUGUAUAUGGUCAAGUUGACUUUGCGCUUAUCUUGUGCGAUGAACUUCAUGAUCUAUCCGCACGAUACGCAGGAGUGCAAGCUGCAGAUGGAAAGCUUGUCCCAUACAACAGACGAUAUGAUCUUUCAGUGGGAUCCAGACGUUCCUUUGGUGGUUGAUGAGAACAUCGAGCUGCCUCAGUUGGCUUUGGUGAAAAAUCACACUGCUGAUUGCACCCAGGUGUACUCCACUGGCAACUUCACUUGUCUGGAGGUGGUGUUCCAGCUGAAACGCCGCCUAGGAUAUUACCUAUUUCACACCUACAUCCCUACCUGUUUGAUUGUGAUUAUGUCCUGGGUCUCCUUCUGGAUCAAGCCAGAGGCGGCGCCAGCCCGCGUCACUUUAGGAGUCACCUCCCUUCUAACGCUCUCCACUCAGCAUGCAAAGAGCCAAGCAGGUUUACCUCCUGUUUCCUACUUGAAGGCGGUCGAUGCCUUCAUGUCCGCCUGCACUGUAUUCGUCUUCAUGGCCCUGAUGGAGUAUUGCCUGGUUAACAUCGUGCUGGGAGACUCGGAUCUUCCGAAACCUCCAUCGGAGAAAAGGAAAUCGACCUCCAUAUUCGACACGCCGCCCUCCAAGUCCGAAAAUCCUCUGCUUCAAACUCAUGCCCCUCCUCCUCCUCCACCACCACUACCUCCAACGAUUCCGGUGAUAACGGCGGCCCAAAAGGCUCGAAACCGCGCCAUCAUCAUCGACCGCUUUUCACGGGUAUUUUUCCCGCUGCUUUUCACCAUUUUGAAUCUGUCCUAUUGGAUCAUGUUUGCCGAGUAUAUUUGAGCUGUUUUUAUUAGCGAAUUGUAUAGAUGGCAAAAAUAAAUGUUGAAAACUUUUUAAA